AUGUCUAGCGAACGUGUUUUCCGCCUGCCCUUCCGCAAGCCGCAAUGGAUGAACAGCGCCACCACCCGUACCGCCGGCGUCUACUUUGCCGGAGCCCUGUUUGCCAUCGCCCUCUUCGUCUUCGUUGAUGCCGCCGUCUACUCCAAGUCGGCACUCAACGGCUCCGACGUACAUCUGACCUUUAUCGACUGGAUCCCCGUCAUCUUCAGUGCCCUCGGCAUGCUUAUCGUCAACUCAAUCGACAAGACCCGCCUCUCUGCUGAUAACUUCAGCUACAGCGGUGAUGGCGUCGCCUGGAAGGCCCGUGUUGUCUUGUUCAUGGGCUUUGCUGCCAUGGCUGGUGGUCUCGCUGGUGGUGUCACCGUCAUGGUUCUGAAGUACAUUGUCCCACAAUACUCCUUCCCUACCCUUUGGUUUGGUGUCGCCAAUGUCAUCGCCAACGUUCUGGUCUCUCUCAGCUCUGUCGUCCUUUGGGUCUCACAGAAUAUGGAGGAUGACUACACCUACAACCUGCAGCUCUAG